AAUAAUAAUAAUAAUAAUAAUAAUAAUUAGUGAGAAGGUUUGGAGCCUGCAAGCCCCCUCCGGUGGUCUUCUUCCCCUGGCGCGCUUCCAGCUGGCCAACUAAAAGUCUCUAUCUAGAACGUUGCAGAGAGAGUUCUUUUGUUUUCUAGGUUAGGUUGCCAGUUGCGCUUUAUUGCGCUUUUGCUCCAAGCACUAAUAAACGCUAAUCCGCUCGGUUCCCUGUUGCUCCUCUGCUAUGGAGUCUGGCAACGGCCGCCGCCGCCGUGUUGUCGUAACUCUUGCUUGAAAGACGCCUCUUGGAUCUUCGACCUUUCUUGUUUCAUCCCUGGCAGCAUCAUCCCUGGCAGCAUCAUCCCCCGUCCAAAACAGAGUACGGAGUAAGUUAUCGUAUGUUGUAAUGUACCCUCUUACUAACUCCGUACUCCUUCCCCCUUCCACGUCUCCGAUAAUUUCUGGUUCCUAUAUGAGUUCUUAGCCUCCCCGCCUUUCCCUCGGCUCUUCUUCUUUUUUUUUUUUUUUAUUAUUAUUUAUUGGUUAUUUUUCAAAAAGUCAGAAAAGAACAGAAAAGGAAAGGAAAGGAAAGGGAAAAAAAAAAGGAAUAAAACUUGUCAUUUUUUUUUUUUUUUAAUCUGGUUGGUGGGAUUUAUUUAGCAUUGCCUUGCGCCUGCAUACAAUAACCAUCCUUUUCUCAAACCGACUCGUUUUCCCGUCCUGUCACUUGCCUCUGCAUGGCCUCCUAUUGAUCUAUAUUCUAUUUUCUUGAUGAUUGAACGUUUGACCUCACUGUGCACGAACCCCUCUGCCACCCUGUGUUGCAGCUCCAUCAGGCCUGGUUUUCAAUUUUUGUGUCCAGCAUUGUACCGCCCUCUGCCCCUUUCCCCAUCCCUUUGAUAGUCUCGGCCCUUGUUCAAUUAUCGUAACUGGCUGCUCUGGUGGUGUAUCGUAUCGUUCGGAAAGCGACGCCAUUGUCAACUAUCCUCCUCCCUCCUCCCUCCUCCCGUUUUCCUAGAUUUCCCAUAUAUCGGGAAUCCAAAGUCCCUUGGCGCGGGAUAGCUUUUUCAUUACUUAGCCGUUUGCGCCACACGUUACGUUACCCCUUUCCCACGGGACAUUUCGUCAAUUAUCGGAGGGAACAUACUUCCCGCGGCCUCACUAUCAAGCCAGAAUUCGUGCCAUACAACCUGGCGGACGAACAACAAGUUCUGUACAUCGUCCCCCACGGGGACAAGUUACACAGGGCAAAGACACAUACCGACUUUAUAUAGCUGAUACCGUUCCAUUGAGUGAAGAGUAUAUAUUGGUUGUAUAUAACCAAGAGACUGCGGCACGAAAGAAAGAAAGAAAGAAAGAAAGAAAGAAAGAAAGAAAGAAAGAAAGAAAGAAAGAAAGAAAGAAAGAAAGAAAAGAAAUACCAAGAUAUGGACCCUGGCCGUUCCAGCAUGAUAUCUAUUCUAAAUAACGACGACAACCCUUCUUUUGCGGUUCGACCCUCAAAAGCCUCAAAAUACUGCCCACAAACGGCCUCAUAUACUCACCAGCAAGUUCGCCAAUGGCCUUCGCAAGGUGGAUAUCAUCACAAUGUCCGGCCAGACGAGUCCAUUCUACCCCCUGGAUCUCCUGGUAUCUAUCGUCUAGAUUCAAGCUCGCAUCAUCACCAUCAACAUAGCAACGGGUUUAGUCAAAAUCCAGAGCAUUCCAUAUAUUACAGCCACCAGGCUCCCCCAAGCCAUGUUGCUAGUCCGUAUGGCCCCGCCAGCCGCCGUGGCUCGCAAUACUCCCAUCCUAUUGAAAAACUGUCCAUCGAGAGGAUCACACACAGCGAAAUCCCCCAUGGAGACCCACCCUCGCCCCAAACCUCGAUGAAUGGAUCAGGAGACUUGCGAGCAGCGAAAGUCAACAACAAGAAAAAUAAGUACCCCUGUCCCUACGCCACCUCCCAUUCCUGUACCGCAACCUUCACUACCUCCGGACACGCCGCACGACACGGCAAGAAGCACACGGGCGAGAAGGGCGUCCACUGCCCAAUUUGCAAUAAGGCAUUUACUCGCAAAGACAACAUGAAACAACAUCGACGCACCCACCGCCUCUCGAUAUCGAGCGAAGUGUCGCUGAAUCGGGGUGACGAGGACGCAACUGCUACUCCUCCAGCGGACUGGAAUAGCAGCAGGAGCCGCCAUUACGACCGGGACGAGUAUCUCAGUCUUGCGUCGCCCAUUUCCCCAACCGCAGAUGACAGGUCGGACGAAACCUCGAGUCGAUCGACGAGUCGCAGCUAUGGGGGACGGUCAUAUACUUCGCUAAAUGAGGCGGUGACGUCGUCCAUGCGCCAGGGGGAACCUAUGCGGAGGGCGUCGCGUUCUGACGGCAUUACCCGGGGGUUAGAUGCGCUUGCGGUUGCUGCUACGAAAUCGAAGCUGGACCGUUACCCGCGAUGAUGUAUGUAUGUAUGUAUGUAUGUAUGU